CCCUUUUCCAAACACAAACCUAGGAGUAACUUAAAAAAAAAAACACACAAACCUAGGAGUAAGAAGCUCUUGUCAGUGACCAAACCAACCAUGUUUCCUUCUCACAGCCUCAUUAUUUCUCUCAUUUUUGUUUCCAUUUUAGUCAGCGAAGCAAGCUUUGUCCAUGAAGCAAAUGGGUCAUUUCCAAUGGUGCCUGUGAUGGAAGCCGGGAAGAUGGAGAUGAUGAUGAUGAAUGAUAGCAGAAGAAAGCUAGGAAGUUUCAAGAUAUGUGCUCUAUGUACCUGUUGUGGUGGAGCAAAAGGGGUUUGCUUGCCUUCUCCUUGUUGCUAUGCUAUCAAUUGCAACAUUCCCAAUAGACCUUUUGGUUUCUGUUCAUUCACACCCAAGGCUUGUAAUUGCUUUGGAUGCCAUCUUUAAUUUCUUUCUUAGUUUGCUUGCUUCCCUUAUAUUAUUAUAAUUUUAUAAUAACAGUAAUUGAAAUUGAGGAUUGAUUAUCUUUAAUUAAUGAUUAUUAUGUGUUGUUGCAAGUGUGAAUGAGAAGUGAAGUGAAGAAUAUCUGUUCUUGAUUUGAUUAUUUGUUUAAUUACUAUUA